AUGCAUGCAGUGCCUCCGGCCAUCAACCCCACUGCUAUCUCGAGCUCGGUCUAUCUAGAGUAUCCAGACUGCUCUUUGGUUCUUCGGACCAUGUCAACUCUUGGUCUUGCUAGUCCCAAUAAUAAGUCUGCUCCCAAAAAGCAAAAGCUGCCUCAACCCUCGCAAGCACUAUUGCUCUUACUGGAACACAAUAAGGAUAAUAUCUUGGUCAACAAUGUCUUUUCGUUUGUAGGAAUGGGGCAUUAUGCCUUUGUGGGUGUUGUCAACAAAAAAUUCAACAAACUCUACAAAGAGUACUGCGACAGUGUGCCAGAGGAAGAUCGUCCAAGUGUCAUGAGACAUGACGAGGAUGAGCCAGCAGAGGAAGAUGGAUGUCGUCCAGCAACCAGCACAGACACCAUCCCAAGGGCCGCGUUCUGCAGCAUUUCCUAUACGUGCCUGGGUGCUGCUGUAAAUGGUCACUUUGAUAUUCUCAAGUGGGCACAUCAAAAUGGAUGCCCUUGGGAUGAGUAUACUUGUUUGAAAGCCGCUGAAGGAGGCCACUUUGAAACUCUCAAAUUGUUGCAUGAAAAUGGGUGCCCUUGGGAUAGCAGGGUAUGCUUCGAGGCUGCUAGAAAUGGGCACUGGGAAAUGAUCGAAUGGGCACAUGAAAAUGGAGCCCCGUGGGAUGAGCGUACAUGUACUGCUGCAGCUGGUCAUGCUCACUUUGAAAUUCUCAAAUGGUUGCAUGAACAUGGAUGCCCUUGGGAUGAAAAUACAUGCUCUGAUGCUGCUCUUAAUGGACAUUUUGAAAUGCUGAUGUGGGCACACGAGAAUGGCUGCCCAUGGGAUGGGCUUACAUGCGCCAAUGCUGCAGGGUCUGGCCAUUUGAACAUUUUGCAAUGGGCCCAUCAGAAUGGAUGCCCAUGGGAUGAGGAUACUUGUUUGAAAGCCGCUGAAGGAGGUCAUUUGGAAAUUCUGAAAUGGGCUAGGGAGAAUGGGUGCCCCUGGGACAGUGGCUCAUGCGAGGCUGCUGCAAAAAAUGACCAUAUGGAUGUGCUGUAUUGGGCACGUGAUAAUGGAUGUCCAGAGGAUGGGUGGAGCACUUACUAUGGACUGGAUAGAGCAAUUCCCUUGUCGAACGAGUAACUGUGGAGAGUGACACAAAUCAGCAUAUGCAAAUCACUGCUAAAGCUUCGGGAAGGAGACAAAGUGCGAGUUUCAUCCUCAAAAAGUGGACCAACAUGAACAAACCUGCUUCGUUUAAUCUCAGCGGUAGUCGCGUGCCCUGCGAUGGAGGUGAUCUCGUGAGGAACGGAACUGCUGUGGGCAACACCUGCAAAUCCAUCGUCGGCGUCACGAAGACAGCAUGCAAUCUUGCAUCUGCCAAGAUGACCUUCGUGCGUGUUGGAGGGUGUUCUUUUCGCUCUUCGGGAAGCGACGACGAUGAUCAAACGAAUCAUAAUCUUCUAAAAGGAUCCCAGGCCAUCUCGUUGCCGGCAAAUAACCGAAACACAGUCUCAGAGGAGCAGCACGAUUCCGCCAUCUGAUGAUUGCCAGCUUGUAUCAACGAGUCGAAUUUGAGGGUGAUCUCGUGUUUUCGUCCUGACCCGAGCAGAAAGCUGCUUUCGUGUUGGGGGCGACAAUAGAGCAAAACAGACGUAACUCGACAUCAUAGCUCAAGCUUCCGAUAGUGCCAGGUAGGAUUUGCGUGCGUCCCAGACAACAAUUGAUAGAGGAAACUGUGGAAGUCAUUCCUUGCAUGGGCAACCAACCGGACGGCCCAACCCCGCGGAAUAACGACUUGCAUCGCGAGCGCGUACUGGAUAAGCAAUCGGAGGAGUCUGGAGAUCUAAAACAGAAGCAACGCGUGAUGGAAGAGUAAGACCUCUAGGAAUGGAUGAAAAUUGAAGUUAUAUGCGCCAUUUCCCAGCGUAUUGACGAGAGGCGAACCGCAAGUCAAUACCGCACUUCUGUCUUUCUGUGGCCGACUUCGAUCGGAGCCUUGCAGGCAACCCCGUCUCGAUGUGUCUGGCCCGGAAGCCACGUACGCACGAUCGCUCGAUACCGGUAGCCCCUUCAUUUUGGCCCUCUCGGCCUUCGGUCGGCUGUUUCUUGGGAUCGAGAGCAGCAAACGAGGAUUUCGAAACAUCAAGGCACACGCAGCAUUCGAACACCAUUCUCCACUCUUACUUUUAAUUAAAUUCUACUGUGGUUGGCUCCUGGUACUGGAGCGAAUUCUUGACUUCUGCAGUAUCUGCCCAAUUUUGUAGUAAAUUGUUGUAGUGUCUGGAUGGUUCCUACCCAACACAGACUCUCGUAUGACCCGGCACUUCUGGUACUGCUCCAGAGCACCAUCGUAGUCGCCUUCGGCUUCCUUGACACCGCCAAUUCUAUUAUAAGUGCUUGCAGUGCCUGGG